UUGCCCAGUAGCAGUGACUCUUGCAUCACCCGAACCCCAUCAAAUAAUGACAAUCAUCGCAAUUAUUUGCGCCCUUCCCGGCCUUACUGACUGCACUGACACUGGCACUGCGCCAUCUCGUCCCGUCUCUCAUCACGUUUCUUCCUCCUCUCGCCUUCUCUCGCUCUCUCUCGCUCCCUUGCCUCCCCCCACGCAAGCCAACCUGCAACCUGCGCACCUGCAAACCUGCACUCUUUGCUGCCUCGCACACGCUCAACCACCACACCCACCACGAGCUGCAAAAAUUCUUCUCCCAUCGAAAACGCCCGCACCCGGCGCGUUUUUCAUCAUUCAAAGGCGAUAAAGCAUCUCACUGCAUCAAGCGCUACAUUUUCAUGUCGGUUUGGUGAAUUAUUGACCACCGUUUUCUAAUUAUUCUACUUGGGUGCGCCGGUGCUGCGGCGGGCUUCGGGUCUUCCUUGAUGAGGUUGUCGCCCAAAAGCGUCCAUGUCGCGCGCGGCAGGCAGGCAUACCCGCCCCAAGAAACUCAACGCCAAACAAAAUGUUCCAAUUUUUCGUGAAGAUCAAGUCGAGCCUCUUGUCGACUAUGAUCUUCAACGUGUUGCCAUAGAAACUGGUGUUGAAAAGGCCGAAGAAGCGGAAUACCAUCUCCAACAAGCCAUAAAGGCGGCUGAAAAGGCCGAGAAAGCCAAAGAUGCCUACAUUCCAACUCCACCUACCAUUGCCAGUGAUGUCCAGUAUGACGUUCUUUACCCCAAGGGUUGGAAACAGCCUGCCACCUACAUCCGCUUCUCCGCUACAGUCGAAGACUGUUCUGGAGUGGCAUAUUGCAUGGAUGAAGAGGAUGAACUUGCCUUGAAGCUUCUCAAUGCUAGAUUGCCUGCUGGUCAGGCUCCUUGCACCGAAGACCAAUUCGAAGAGGUUAUGAACUUCUUUGAAGAAACUGCUCAAGCCAAGCAACCCUUUGCUGCUGUCGAUAGCCCGCCCGUCUUACCUUUAGAAGAACUGCAGGAACAGUUCGACGAGGACACGCCUGCCCAUGUUCGCGUCUUCUCCAAGUUAAUAUAUGAGCAUUGGAAGGCUCGGCGUACCGCCACAGGUAACCGUCCUUUGGCUCCUCGUCUGAAAUUCGAGACUGGCCAAGAGUCCGAUGAUGCAGACCCAUAUGUGUGCUUCCGGAGAAGAGAACUGCGCCAGAUUCGCAAGACGAGAAAUCGAGAUGCUCAGAGUGCUGACAAGCUGCGCAAACUGCGGCUUGAGCUGGAGACGGCUCGAGGCAUCCUGUUAAUGGUAAAGCGAAGAGAGCUGCUUCGAAAGGAAUGUUUGGAGACAGACCGGCUGCUGUUCGAGCAGCGGACGGCGCUCCGAGACACCAAGCGAAAGUUGGGCAUCAAAGGCGAUGAGGAUCUCCUCGUCAACCAAAAGAAGCAAAAAUUGCCGUCUGGCAUGACCCCCAACCAAGCUGCGAUAGCUCAGCAACUCAGGAUGCCAAUGGCAUCUGGGCAAGGGACCGAACUUCGAACUCUGGAGGAGGUCACCGCCGCUAGGGAACGUGAAAUCCAGAAAGAAAUCCAAACCAACAUUGAGAAACACAUCAGAUGGAAUGAAGGGUUUGUUGACAAGACAAUGGCACCACUUACCCCAGAGCUUGAAGACAGCUGUCCAGAACCAGACGGUCUCUUCAGAGAAGCCAUGGCUGCAACUGAAUACCUCCCCACACCGCCAGCUAGUAUCUCGGAUGACGAGGCUCAGCAGCAGCAGCAGCAGCAGCAGCAGCAGCAGCAGCAACAACAGCAACAGCCUGAUGGAGUAGAUGUGGUAAUGAAGGAUGUGUCACGACCUUCCACACUUUUCCGUUACGCCAGUCCUGCAGAUGAGGACACUGUCGGACACAUGCCAUCAUUUCGACGGAGGAUAGGUAGAGGCGGGCGCGUCAUGAUCGACCGGAAACUUCCUCGGAUGCACCGAGACCCUUCGCAAGAUGAUAGAUUCAAAUUCGAUUCGGACGAUGACGAGAUGCUCGACGUGGAUUCGUCUGAAGACAUGAUCUUUUCUCGAAUGUCCCAACGAGCAUAUCUCCUCGGCAGCAGCCGGCAGGCCGAUGCUCAGGCCAUGUCGGCCAGAAGAGCUCAAAUCGAGAGCGGUGGGCCAAGUCACCCACCAUCAACGACCAACACCCAAGCAACACCAGUACCUGCACCUUCGUGAAAUGUCUUGAAUCAUCGGACACCUCUUUUUGCAACGUUUUACCGGAGAGCACAAUUCAAAAACUCUCUUCUCGCGGCUGAGAUGCCGCUGGAACCUGUUUGAUUGCAGGAUCGCCUCGUCUGGGGCGUGUAAGAUUUCGUUAUGAUGAUCGCCUUGGAUGGAAACCAGAUGUUGCCGGAGACAGCAAGCUUCUUGUUGUCGGCACACAAACACCCUGUACAUAGUACUUUGAGGCCAGCGCCUCAAAUCAUUCAAAAUGAAUGACACAACUCACACUCCACAAAGACAUCACCGGUGUUUUU